UUCGUGUGUUUGUCAUAUUUUAUUGUUAAUCAAUAAGUUGAACUAUUGUGCACUUUUAUGUUGUCGAGAUGGUGUAGUUUUACCUUUGAGUUAUUGUGUCUUUAUUAUUGCAACAUUUGAUUGUAUUUAAUAUUAUUUUUAAUACGUUUAUUAUGCGUACGAGAAAUAAAAGUGUAAGCCUAUGUUAUGGCAACGGACGAAAGAAUGCAACAGACUGUUUCAUGUCAACAGAAACAAUAUGAUUACUUGUUGAAAUUUUUACUAGUAGGUGACAGUGACGUUGGAAAACAAGAAAUAUUAAGUGCUGAAGGACUUGAGGACGGUUCCUCCGAAUCGCCCUUUUGUAGCGGGAGUGGUAGGUCUUACAAGACCACAACGAUCCUACUUGACGGCAAGCGAGUGAAGCUGCAGUUAUGGGACACGUCGGGCCAAGGUCGGUUCUGUACGAUCAUACGGUCGUACUCUCGCGGCGCUCAGGGCAUCCUCCUGGUCUACGACAUCACCAACAAAUGGUCCUUCGACGGACUGGACCGCUGGCUCAAGGAGGUGGAGAAUCAUGCUCCUGGGGUUCCCAAGGUUCUGGUCGGCAACCGUCUGCAUCUUGCGUUCAAGAGGCAAGUAUGCACACGGGACGCAGAAACAUAUGCAUCUCGCAACGGCAUGGCUUUCUUCGAGGUCAGCCCAUUGUGCGACUUCAACAUUAGGGAGAGCUUCAGUGAGUUGUCCAGAAGGGCCUUGCAACGCAACGGUAUGGAGAGGCUUUGGCGGUCCAACAAAGUGGUGAGUCUGCAGGAGUUGUGUUGCCGCAGUAUUGUUGCACGCACCACGGUCUACGGCAUAGACCAGCUCCCCCUCCCCACGACUAUCAAGAAUCACCUGCGGUCGUACGCGCUGACAUCAUUCACUACGAUGCCGCCACGGUGCCGAGGAGACAAGCGACCACAACCCCCCACCCCUCCACACCCCACCCCGCGCCACUCUUGCUCUGUGUCGUGAUACCCGCACCAGUGAUGCCAACUGUGUAGGUUAAAAUGUUUUUAUACGAGAUUUUCGCAUUUAGAUAUCUGUAAAGAGUCUUCAUCACUGCUCUGUUGUACUAUUAGUUGGUGCUGAAAAGUACCCUCAUCAGUCAAAUGGUUUUUUUUAGCAACAAGGAGUUGGAUACAACAAUAAGUUUUUUGGAGGAAAAAUCACUUGGCUAGGAAUUAAGGAAGAAGGAAUGGAUGCACAACCUGGGAAAAGAGUUCCAUGUGUCUAGUUCAAAGCACAAAAAAAAAUUUACAACACAAUAAACAUUAUUUUUGUACCUACAUAAGAUAGAAGUCUAUACAAUAGAAGGAUAACGAAUAGUUAAAUGAUUUUACACUUUUGAGUUUACCAACAAUUUCAACCAGUCAACCAGUUUUCUAAAGAAAUUAGAUAAUAAUUUACUGUAUGAGAAAUCUGGGAGUCAGUACUUUGGUGACCUAUUUUACAGGUAAAAAAUACCCCCGCCUCAGCACACCUGUAGACUAAGAGAAUUUCCAUUUACCUGAUUUGAUUUUCACUUAAAUCUAUUUAAGUGACAUUAGGUUUAAUGGGUACCUAGGUUUGCUGCUACAGGGAGGGUAAUAAAGGGCGUUUUUUUUAUAUUAAUAGCUUAGUAUAAAUUAAAUUUGCCAAGUUUGAUCAAAAUAUAUCCAUAAACAAGCAAACUAAAACAGUUUACUUAUUCUCGGUUGACUGACUGGACCUAUAGAUUGCACCCUCCCAUCAAUCAAUCCAUAGGUGAACUACAGGCUGGAAAUGUCCAGUCUACUUUGGCCUGUUCAUGCAUUAGAGCACAAAAAAUAUGUUAAGGUUGUUUGUUGUAGUAGUAGAUUUUUAUAGCCUACUAAAAUUCUCUUUAACAUUUUCAAGAUUAAAAAGUGUUUUCUCAACAUUAUUGUUGAAAAAUUAAGUUUUCAAUAGUCUCGUUCUAGUAGAGUUUAUUGUUAUAAUUUCCUUGUAAUAGAAGGUUUAUUUUAUGAUUUGUUAAAUGAAACAGUGAACAGUGCUUAAGUCGAUCAGAGUUGUGAUGGAGACUCUUAACUAAUAUAGUUACAUUGUGAAACUUAAGCAUAUUGUCAGAACUAGUUUUAACCCUAGAACUGGCAACCAUGUCUCACAAAUAUGUUUUACCGUAACUAUGUAAAUGUGAAUAGGCCCAGCUGUCCUUAAUCAUCGGGCUUUCAAUAAAUGUCCUGACUAAUGAAACAGCUGGUCUUAGUCAGUAACAAAGCUACACAAGGCAUCACACUCCAUUCUACACUCAUCCUUCACUCAUAUUUGGGUUAAAAUAUACACAUAGGUGGCAUCCCCAUCUCAAAUGAAUAUGAACAUAUUCAGUUAAAAUCUUGCUACAAAAUAGGUUCAUUCGUGCAAGAGCUGAUGAAAUAAAACUGACACAGCUAAUUGUAAACCUUUAGCAAGAUAUUUUUUUUUUCAAUAUUUAUGUUCUAUUGGCAGUUUGACCUACUUUAAACCUACUUUUUGACCUACUUUACCAAUGUGGCCACCCAAACCUGAGGUUUACGGUCACACCAAGAGCUUUUCAAAACCUGUCUUCAUUUUUCAUCCCCUCUAGCUUUUUUCCACAAAUGUCACUUUUCCAAUAUUUUAUCAUUUAGGCCUAUUUUAGUAAAAAAAAAACAAAGCAAUAGACAUAAUAAGCCAACUGCUAUGUUGUUCUGUAAACUAAAACAAUUAUUUCUCAAAACAAAGGAAACUACAUGUUAACAAGCAUUUCUAGAAGGUAGGCUAUAUCAUAGACAAAAGAAUUGAAUUUAGACCAACAGCAGUGCUGGGGUUAGCAUAUAUUCUGACGUCCACCGCUAGGAGUUUCGGCGCACACCGUUGCAGCGUCAAGUGCUAGUGAGCGUUACCAUGCCAAGUUGGUAGUUGGAGCCAAGAUUGCCAACUUCUGGAGAAUUCCCCAGAAUCCGGGGAGUAGGAGUUUGUUCCGUUAUUUAUUCGUGUUUAAAAGAUUUCCAGGGAUAAAAAAUGGGCUUUUUUGUUAAAAUUACGGGAUUUGAGAAUUUUGUCCUUCACCCAUAUUGAAAAGUGGGUCUGAUAGCCCACUUUGUAGCCUUUUUUUUGCAAGGGUAGUAGUGCUGGUAGCAGACAGUGAGUAGACUAGGGCAGCAAAUCAACGAACACUGAGCAUGCAAGUGGCACAUCGUGGAACCUUCCUUUGGCAGUCUAUAUUUAUUUAUGGCUAUAUUCUAAAGCUUAGUAGCUGAAUUGUAGUCAUGAAUUGUGGAUAUCUAUAGGCAUGAUCAGUGGAUGCAAUACUCCCUGGUGUGAAUUAACGUUCACACUAGUGAGUACUACUACUAUCCGCAGUACUAUCCUGAUAAUUAGAGCAAUUCGUAAAUUACUAGGCAAAAAUGAGGUUCGGAUUUCAAUAUAAACUGUAGGCCCCUUAGUUUAGUUGUCUUUGGCUGUAUGGGCUAUUAAUUAACAGUUAGGAACAUGUCAGCCUUAGUCACCAACAAGACUACGUAUCGCACCACUCAUCCUACACUCAUCUCCAUUCAUAAUUGCCUUAAAAUACCUACAUUUGUAUGGUCGCCAUAUCAGUCAAAAGUAUUAAAGAAUAACUGCGAUUUUGCAAAUGAAAACAAAAUAUUAGAGAUUCUAGAUACAGACCAUAACACGGAUACCUUCUUUACCGUUAAAUUAAUUGUUUUGGCCGUCUUGCUGAAGGAAAGCAGUUUUGCGAACAGUUCUAGGGUUUUAACUUGUCAUUGCUAAUAUAGGUUGAACAUAUUUAAGACUAUAUAUAACAUUUAAGGAGAACAAACACUAAAGUCAAGGCCAUAACGCUGGUGUGUACAUAAUCCAGGGACCUAGUCCUACUUCAACCUUUUCUACGUAAUUUUUUUAUUCUUCCUACCAGUUAAAACUAAUAAAUGAAACAGGAGAACAGUACUUCACACCUUAAGUUGACAUACAGUAUGUAUUUAACCUUAUAAAAGUUAAACAUUAAAAUUGCCAACCUUUUUUAUUUGGUAUAGGAAGAACGAUUUAUUCGGAUUUCCGAAGUUGAAGGAAUUAUCUGACAACUAGCUUCUCCCACAGGUUUUGCAUCAGCUUUUACUUACACAUUUUACUGAUUGAUAAAACUGUAAAGAAUCUAUGAUACUUUCAAACAUACUUGUUUCUUGGUGAUAAUAGUACAAAUUAAUGGGAAAGUUGAAAGCAUUUUUUGUGCUGACAACUUAAGAAUAUAGAUUUCAAAUCAGUUAUUACAAUUACUUAACACUCUUAACAGUGAUAUUUAGCUUUUGUUCAGGUUGUAGAUAAACAAAUUGUUAUUGUUUAGCACAAACAGUUUUUUUAUGAAUUUUUAAAACCCAUUAACUUAUUUAGUAUUUUAACCAGCACAAAAUGUGAGACUUCUGAAACUCGUCACAAAGUUUGGCAUUGUAAAUACGUUUGUAAACGUUUGUGUUGUUUUCUUGAGUUUAUGUCCUGUCAUGUCCUUAGUUUCUUACUCUAUUGUACAUUUUUUAUAUUCGUUGUAGUUUCGAUUGUACAUUUUUACAUUUAGAUUGUAUUAGAUUUGUAUUUAUUGUGUGGGAAAGUAUUGAAGUGUUUCAAGAUGUUGAAAGUUUGCAAUACAAUUCUUUUACAAAUGACUGGCUCAAAAGGUAUUUUGAAAGUGAAAUCUCCCACAACAUUUAAACAUCUUGAGAAACUUCAGAGUGCCUUGUAAGGACUUUCUUCACUUAGGGACAGAAAAAUGGCUCAAGCUUAAUAAUAUCUAGUCACUGGUAAAGGUUAAAUUACCUCAAUGUUUAUUGUUGAUUGAGGAAGAGCAUCGUCAGCCUAGAAAGUCCUUUACAAUUGCAGAAUGAUAGGUUGUCUUAUGAUUGAUGUCUAAUCCAUCCAAAAGGGCCGAAUUGGUUGAAUCUGUCCAUUCGUCAUAUUUUAGCAUUGUAAUAUCAAAUAAAAUUGUUGUAAUUACGUAA